AUGGCGUUUCAGAGAGCCUCCGCGUCGCAGACCUCCACACUGGAGAAGAUGCACAGGGAGCGCAUCGAUGCAUUCGAAGCGGGUAGGCGGGACGGACGGGUCUCCGAGGAAGAGGCCGACUACCUGCUCCGGGUGGCGCCCAUGCUGGUGGAGUACGAGGAGGAACGGGCGCGGAUGCGGACCGCGAAGCACGCCAAGGCGGGCGCAUCGGGCAUCGCGAAGAGGCGCCAGGGGGGGAUCCUGAGCUUCCUGGAGGGCUCUUCGGAGGCGGACGGGGAGGGCAUCGGGACGAUCAACCUGCGAUACAUGGCGGAGGUGCUGCCGCCCCACACCAGGGAGCACAACGAGGCCGUCAGGACGCUCCGGGAGAUCUCCCGGAAGAGGGAGCGAAUCGGGCAGGGAGUCGUCUGCGAGGCGUGCCAGGUGCCCUGCCUGAUCGUUCCCGACGAGGGCAGCAUCGUGUGCCCGGAGUGCGGGACGUCUCAGGACGACCUGGAGUGCGGGAGGAGCGGCCUGACGUACGAGCAGGAGGUGAACCGGAACAUCGUCCCUUCGUUCUCGUACAAGCGGGCGGUCCACCUGCUGGAGUGGCUCGCGCGGAUCCUCGGCAAGGAGUCCACGGUCAUCCCCGACGACGUGAUCGCCAAGGUCAGGGCGGAGUUCAAGAAGUGCCGCAUCACGAGCACGCACGAGAUCACGCCCGACCGCGUCCGCAGCUUCCUCAAAAAGCUGGAUCUCUCGCAGUACUACGAGCAUUCGGUGUCCAUCUGCCGCAUCCUGGGGGUGGAGCCCCCCAGGGUGCCGCCGGAGGUGGAGGAGAAGAUCGUGAUCAUGUUCGCGGCGGCGCAGGAGCCGUUCAAGAGGCACGCGCCCCCGGACCGCUCCAACUUCCUCUCGUACGCAUACACCCUGUACAAGUUUUUCGAGCUGUUGGGGCAGGACCACAUACUGCCGUACCUCAAGCUGCUCAAGAGCCGACAGAAGAUGAGGGUCCACGACGAGACGGACAUGCUGUUCGUGCUCAUCGUACUCGUGGCCGUGCUCUGCGCGGUGUCCUUAUACGCUCUCGAUGUCAUCCCCGCAUACACGGCCUUCGUCGGACGCUCGUUCGGCCUCGACGCGCCCCCCGCCGCGGUCCCGCCGGUCGUGGCACCGGCGGCGACCCCCGCCCCUCCCAAACCAGCGAGUGCGGGCUCGACUUACGUCGCUCCGAAUGCAUCAUGUGGCGCCGCGAUAGACUGCGACGCGGCGUCCAAGCUCGCGCUCGCUCAUUACUCGGCCUCCCCCGGCGCGCAGCCGGGCGCCCAGAUCACCCGGGUCGCGAGCGCCGCGGAUCACAAUGCGUGCAACUAUGCCUUCACCAUACCGGGCACCAUGAAGACGGUGCACGUCGACGUCCUGGGGCGUUCGAAGGACAUCGCGAUCCCGUUUCCGCCGGACGAGCGCCGCUUCGUCUUCGCCAGGGACCCCGUCACGUGCGCACCGACCUCGGUCGACGGCAUGGGGGAGGCGGGGUCCGGCUUCAUGGUGGAGAACGCCGUCGCCGGCACGCUCAGCCUCGGGGGGAUGUGCGCGGUGCCGCAGGGCGGGAGGACGUCCGACGGGGUCCCUGUGGAGCUCCAGCAGUGCGACGCCUACGCGCCGGCUCAGCUCUGGGCGUUCGACCCCACGACCGGGCAGAUAAAGCCACAGGGGGACAGGUCGUACUGUCUGGACGUGGUGGGGGUGAGCAAGGAGAACGGGGCGAAGGUCCAGCUAUGGGGGUGCAACGAGAUGCCCGGCCAGAAGUGGAGCUACGACGAGCUGAAGGGAGAGGUGCGGAGCGGGAUCAGACCCGGCUUCUGCCUGGAAGCGCCGGGGGGGAAUGGUGCGGUGGGGACGCGGCUCGGGAUGUGGGACUGCAACGGCUUCGCCGGCGCACAGCGCUUCGCGACGACCCUCUUCCGGUGA